AUGGCUGAAUCACCAAAGUCUCAUGUUGAUGUAUUAAUGAUUGGUACAGGAGAAUAUACAACAGGCUAUGUACAUGGUAAAGCAAGUCAAUCGGAUAAGAGUAAAGGAGUCGUGGCAUUAACAUUAAUCGAUCUUCGUCGACGAGGAAAAACUAGUCGUUUAGGUAUAUGUGGAACUAAUGGAAAGAAGUUUGCUGAUAUUCGAAAACAUAUGCAACAAGCUAUUGGUGAUGUUUAUAAAGAUAUGGAUUUAACAUUGGAUUGGUGGUUGGUAGCCAUGUUUUAG